AUGGCGCCCCGUCUAGGCGACAGGUUUGCGCCGCUUGUUCCUAUUUUUGUGCCGCCCUUGCUACAGAUUUGUGGGCGUACCAACAAAGUGGCCUUGCGCCGCGCGGAGAAGAGCUUGUAUCUAAUUUGUCGACACUGUCACUUGCCUCAAAUCGUGCCCUAUUUACUGCAUGCCAUGCAGGAGAAAGCUGCGACUUUGCGGUCCUGCGCGGCGGGAUCUUUGGCUGUGCUACUCGAGGUAUGUGGGGCUGACGAACUUGAAAGGCGUGUCGCGGGUAUUGAGCAUGCUAUGCAGGCACUCGUUACCGAUGCAAACCCCCAAGUUCGCGCCCUGGGUCGGCAAGUCUAUGCCCAGUACGCAGCAUUGUGGCCUGCUCGCUGCGAGAGUUUUUGUGAGACACUCUCCGCAACAGCGCAACGAUACCUGGCGACUGUGCCGCCUGCCAAGCGCGAAUCGGUUGACACGGAAAGCCCGUCGACCGCUGCAACGGACGCCAUUGGCAUGCGCAAGCGGGUAGAGCGCAUUGGUGACCCAGGAGUGACGAGAAAAACUCCGGUGCAGGAGCGAGUGCCUCUGACGAGGCCAUUGUCUGUUCCGAAGGCAGGCAUUCUCCGGGAGCAAGAAAAAGAAAAUAUCGAAAGGCCCUCACCCAAGGAGACGACGCGCGGGGCCCGGUCUGAAGUGACUGGCUCUCGCGCCCACUUUGGACCCAUGCCAUGGGCUGAUCCGUUUCAGGAGACAGGGAUCCCGCCUUUGCCGUCGCGCGGCUCGAAUCCCAGCGAUGGAGUAGCAUAUCGCUUGGCCUUAGCGCGAGAGCAGGCACGCUUGCGCUCGGCUCAGCGUCAAGGUAUCGAUGCAGCUGAUAUGGACAUGCAAGGUAUGAGAUUUGGAUCUCGCGCCCUUGUGCGCUCCUCUGCAUCAAUCGGAAGUGCACGACGCAUCGUGCGACCACGAGCCGCUGCUGAGACACCGUGUAAAGAACGAACGACCACGCCAAAAAACCCAUCAACCAGCCCAUUGGAUAUACACAAGCAAGGCGACUUUACACCCAAAAGGCGGCCAUUUGGUGUG